GCUGGGCAGUGAACAUCCUUCCGGCCCCUCCAUCUGGGCUCCUGUGGAUAGGAGGGGCCGGGUGAGCAGGCCAGCUGGGCUAUGAUUUGGUGUCUCAGUCUGACCAUCCUCAGCCUGGUCAUCAGCCAGGGGGCUGACGGUCGAAGGAAGCCUGAGGUGGUCUCUGUGGUGGGCCGGGCUGGGGAGAGUGCAGUUCUGGGCUGUGACUUGCUGCCUCCAGCUGGCCGCCCCCCUCUGCAUGUCAUCGAGUGGCUGCGCUUUGGAUUCCUGCUUCCCAUCUUCAUCCAGUUCGGCCUCUACUCUCCCCGAAUUGACCCUGAUUACGUGGGAAGAGUCCGACUGCAGACAGGAGCAUCUCUCCAGAUUGAGGGGCUCCGGGUGGAAGACCAGGGUUGGUACGAGUGUCGUGUGCUCUUCCUGGACCAACACAGCCCUGAACAGGAUUUUGCCAACGGCUCCUGGGUGCACCUGACAGUCAAUUCGCCCCCUCAGUUCCAGGAGACGCCUCCCUUAGAACUGGAAGUGAAGGAAUUGGAGGCUGUUACCUUGCGCUGUGUGGCCCGUGGCAGCCCCCAGCCUUAUGUGACUUGGAAAUUCCGAGGACAGGACCUUGGCAAGGGCCAGGGUCAGGUGCAAGUGCAGAACGGGACACUGAGGAUCCGUCGGGUGGAGCGAGGCAGCGCUGGAGACUACACCUGCCAAGCCUCCAGCACCGAGGGCAGCGUCACCCAUACCACACAACUGCUGGUGCUAGGACCCCCUGUCAUCCUGGUGCCCCCCAACAACACUACGGUCAAUGUCUCCCAGGAUGUUUCUUUGGCCUGCCAGGCUGAGGCAUACCCUGCUAACCUCACCUACAGCUGGUUCCAGGAUGGCGUCAAUGUCUUCCACAUUAGCCACCUACAGUCUCGAGUGCGGAUCCUGGUAGAUGGAAGUCUGUGGCUACAGGCCGCUCAGCCUGAUGACGCUGGCCACUAUACCUGUGUGCCCAGCAAUGGCUUUCUGCAUCCACCCUCGGCUUCUGCCUAUCUCACUGUGCUCUACCCAGCACAGGUGACAGUUAUGCCUCCUGAGACACUCCUGCCCAUCGGCAUGCGGGGGGUGAUCCAGUGUCCAGCUCGUGCUAACCCCCCACUGCUGUUUGUCACCUGGACCAAAGAUGGGCAGGCCUUGCAGCUGGACAAGUUCCCUGGCUGGUCGCAGGGCCCAGAGGGCUCACUCAUCAUUGCUCUGGGGAACGAGGAUGCCUUGGGAGAAUACUCAUGUACCCCCUACAACAGUCUCGGUACUGCCGGACCCUCCCCUACCACCCGGGUGCUGCUCAAGGCUCCCCCGGCUUUUAUAGAGCAGCCCAAGGAAGAGUAUUUCCAAGAAGUAGGGCGGGAGUUACUCAUCCCCUGCUCCGCUUGGGGAGACCCUCCUCCUGUUGUCUCUUGGGCCAAGGUGGGCCGGGGGCUGCAGGGCCAGGCCCAGGUGGACAGCAACAGCAGCCUCAUCCUUCGACCUCUGACCAAGGAGGCCCAUGGACGAUGGGAAUGCAGUGCCAGCAAUGCCGUAGCCCAAGUGGCCACUUCUACCAAUGUCUAUGUGCUAGGCACCAGUCCUCAUGUCGUCACCAAUGUGUCUAUUCUCAACAUUCAGGGCCGAGGUCCUGAGACCUUGGUGGUUGAGCAGAGGGAUUUCCUUAUAUUCCCCAGGGCCAAGCGUCCUGACCGAGCCCACCAUGACUGGGUAUCUCUGGCUGUGCCUAUGGGGGCUACACACCUCCUAGUGCCAGGGCUGCAACCCCAUAUUCAGUACCAGUUCAGUGUCCUUGCUCAGAAUAAGCUGGGCAGUGGGCCCUUCAGCGAGAUCGUCCUGUCUAUACCGGAAGGGCUUCCUACCACACCAGCUGCCUCUAGGCUUCCUCCAACAGAGAUGCCACCUCCCUUGUCCCCUCCCAGAGGUUUGGUGGCAGUACGGACACCCCGCGGGGUACUCCUGCAUUGGGAUCCCCCAGAACUCAUCCCUAAGAAACUGGAUGGCUAUGUCCUGGAAGGACGGCAAGGCUCCCAAGGCUGGGAGAUAUUGGACCAAGCUGUGGCAGGCACAGAAAUCCAGCUGUUGGUGCCUGGCCUCAUCAAGGACGUGCUCUAUGAGUUCCGCCUCGUGGCCUUUGCUGAUAGCUAUGUCAGUGAUCCCAGCAACAUAGCCAACGUCUCCACUUCUGGCCUGGAGGUGUACCCGUCCCGAACACAGCUACCAGGUCUCCUGCCCCAGCCUGUAUUGGCUGGUGUUGUGGGUGGGGUCUGCUUCUUGGGCGUGGCAGUCCUUGUGAGCAUCCUGGCUGCCUGCCUCAUGAAUCGGCGCAGGGCUGCCCGCCGCCACAGAAAACGUCUGCGCCAGGAUCCACCUCUGAUCUUCUCCUCACCUAGGAAGUCAGGCCCACACUCUGCUCCUGGCUCCAGCAGCCCUGACAGUGUGACCAAGUUGAAGCUCCAGGGCUCCCCGGUCCCCAGCCUACGCCAGAGUCUGCUUUGGGGGGAGCCUGCCCGACCUCCUAGCCCCCACCCUGAUUCUCCGAUUGGUCGGGGACCCUUACCACUGGAGCCCAUUUGCCGGGGCCCAGAUGGUCGCUUUGUGAUGGGACCUACUGUGGCCCCUCCACAGGAAAGGUUAUGUCUGGAGCGGGCAGAACCUCAAACCUCAUCCAAACGCCUGGCCCAGUCCUUUGACUGUAGCAGUAGCAGUCCCAGUGGGGUCCCACAAUCCCUCUGCAUUUCAGACAUCAGCCCUGUGGGACCGCCUCCUGCAGCCCCCCUACCAGGUCCAGGACCCCUGCUCCAGUACCUGAGCCUACCCUUCUUCCGGGAGAUGAAUGUAGAUGGGGACUGGCCACCUCUUGAGGAGCCCACACCUGCUCCACCUCCAGAUUUCAUGGAUACUCAGCCCUGUGCCUCCUCAUCUUUCUUCCCACCACCUGACUCUCCUCCUGCAAACCUCAGGGCAGUGCUUCCGAGGACACUGACGGGGUUUGGGGCCUCCUCAGAGCCCCCUUACACAGCUUUGGCUGACUGGACAAUGAGGGAGCGGGUGUUGCCAGGGCUUCUCCCCGCGGCCCCUCGUGGCAGCCUCACCAGCCAGAGCAGUGGGAGAGGAAGCGCUUCCUUCCUGAGGCCCCCGUCCACAGCCCCCUCUGCAGGGGGAAGCUACCUCAGUCCAGCUCCAGGAGACACCAGCAGCUGGGCCAGUGGCCCUGAGAGGUGGCCCCGAAGGGAGCAUGUGGUGACAGUCAGCAAAAGGAGGAACACUUCCGUGGAUGAAAACUAUGAAUGGGACUCAGAAUUCCCCGGGGACAUGGAGCUGCUGGAGCCUUGGCACCUGGGCUUGGCCAGCUCUCGGCCCCGCCCUGAACUUGAGCCAGAGCUAGGUGUGAAGACUCCAGAGGAAAACUGUCUCCUGAACACAGCCCAUGCUCCUGGCCCUGAGGCCCGAUGUGCUGCCCUUCGGGAGGAAUUCCUAGCCUUCCGCCGCCGAAGGGAUGCUACCAGGUCCCGGCUACCGGCCUAUCAGCAUUCCAUCUCCUACCCCGAACAGGCUACACUGCUAUGAACACACGUAGUGUGAGGCUAGAAAAGGCGUAUGGGUCUGCAAAGGAGGCCAAGACUCUGGCUCCAAGCUUGGGCACUGCCCCACCCCUUCGUACCCUGGCAUGCCAAUGGUAGGCUUGCGUGAGCUUGGUGUAGACUCUUGUACUGACUCUUUAGUUGAGUCUGGGGGUUGAGCUCUGUGUGUGUGUGUGUGUGUGUGUGUGUGUGUGUGUGUGU